AUGAUGCUGAUGAACCACAAUCUCAAUCAAAAUUUUUCCAUCAAGGGUGUUGAAAUCCUCGUCCCUUAUUGGACCAAACUGGACCAAACUAACGCGGAUCAUGGAAACGGUAGUGUCGGUGAUGCGGCACGUCACUGUGAGACCGCCUGGUCUCGAUCUCCAAACUUUUUGUUGGUCGACUAUUAUAAGGAUGGAAAUUACCCUGGGUCGGUGUUUGCUGUAGCGGCCGAGGCGAACAGUUUAUCGUACGCGCACUCUGGUAGCUCUGAUCAACUUACGGCUAAGAUCACAGACGUGAUAUUCGUGUAUCUUGGCUCCGUUCUGAUCUUUAUGCUGAUAUGGAGUUAA